AUGCUUAUCAAAUCUUUAUUUACUACCGUGGUAUUUACUACGGUAAUCAAUGCGUUACUUAUUCGCGACACUAAUUCUGUUGCUGCAAACGGUUGUCCUGCACCCAGAAAACCAGAGAAAAGGAAGGAACCUUCCAUUCCUAAACAUUUAAACAACUCUGCCAAUGGGGUCUUGUCUUAUACUGAGGAUGUGAUCCCAAAUCAGUAUAUUGUUGUACUUAAGGAUGACUUAUCAGAAGAAGAGCUGUAUAAACACAGAUGCUGGGUUCAAGAAUGGUAUAGCCAAAUGUCAGACGUCACCCGACGUAAAGGUAGCUGCAAGCCUUUAGAAUUUUUCAAACUUGAUGAUUCAUUCCAUGGUUAUAGUGGAAACUUCCCAGACGAACUAAUCAAACAGGUUGUAGAACAUCCAAAUGUUGCCUUUGUUGAACGGGAUUCCAAGUGGAAAUUACAUAGGUUCACAACUGAGAAAGAUGCACCAUGGGGACUUUCCAGAGUCAGCCAUCGAGACCCUGUUAACUAUACCCAGAACGCAACAAAUGAAUUUGACUUUACAGGACCCUACUUGUACGACGAUAAAGGCGGUACUGGUGUUACUGCAUACGUUCUCGAUACGGGUAUUAAGACCGAUCUUGAAGAAUUUCAAGGCCGGGCAAGUUGGGGUGUGAAUCUCGUAUAUCCCAACUUCACGUUUGAUGUUGAUGGACAUGGAACUCACGUUGCCGGAACUAUUGGAUCCAAAACUUAUGGAGUUGCUAAAAACACCAAACUUGUUGCUGUGUGUGUUUUGAACUCAAACGGAGGAGGGGAAUUUUCUACUAUGAUCAAAGGGGUUGAGUGGGUGAUUGAAGAUCAUAAGAAAGCAGUUAAAGCCAAGAAGAAAGGGUUCAAAGGAUCGGUUCUCAACAUUUCCAUUGGUGGUGGCAUUUCACAAGCAUUUGACCAGGCAGUUAAUACUGCUGCAAAAGCUGGUAUACACGUGGUUGUUUCCGCUGGUAAUGAACACCAAGAUGCCUGUAAUCAAUCUCCUGCACGUGCUGAGGGAGUAGUUGCAGUCGGAGCGAUCAAUUACAGAGAUGAAAUGGCAUGGUUCACCAAUUAUGGAAAAUGUGUUGAUAUUUUUGCCCCAGGUGAAAAUAUUACAUCAACCUCCAUUUAUCCACCAGGUACUGAGAUAAUGAGUGGAAGUUCAAUGGCGACUCCACAUGUUACAGGAAUUAUGAGUUACUAUUUGUCAUUACAACCCGAUAUUUGGUCUGAAUUCUCUACGGGUUUGCUUGAUCCAGAAGAUUUGCGAUGGAGACUUCUUAAAUAUGGUACCAAAGAUAAAAUCAAGUUGUUGGAAAAGGAUAGUCCUAACCUCUUACCAUACAAUGGUGGUGGUAGAGACUUGACAAUGGACUUUUGGAUGAUGUGGUGGAUGAGGUUAAAUGAAAAAAACAAGCAAUAAAUAUAUACACACACACCUAUAUAUAUACAAACAUAUAAAUAUGAACAAUUAUUUGUAA